UAUUCCUCUGUUUCGCACAAAAAUGAAGAGUGUUUACCAGUUGGUACUAUUAACCGCCAUCUUCGGUUGCGUCGCGAGCUAUACACAGAUCUUGGAAGAGUACGGGACGACGAGGAUCGGUGAGAGAUGCGAGAGGGACCGGAAUUGUAUCAGGCACGCUUACUGCAGGGCGCAGAUGACUUGCCUCUGCGACCCGUAUUACUCACCGACGCUCGAUAAGACUAUGUGCAUCGCUAGCGCCGGAUUGAAUUGCGCCAACGACCAGGCGUGUGAAACAAUGACGAACGCGGAGUGCAAGCAAGGAGCGUGCGCCUGCAAGGACUCCUUCAUGCAGGACAUUCGGAACUCGUCGAACUGUAUCAGAAGACCCGUGAAGGAGGAAGAUCUUUGUCAACGGAACGACGACUGUCAGGACGCGAUGGGAAGAGCGAUGUGCAUCAAUGGACGCUGUCGAUGCAUCACGUCGUAUCACUUCGCGAACGAGACCGGCAAAUGCGUGCAGACACGAUUUUUGUACAACGCGUGCAGCGGGGACUACGAGUGUGUCGACUUCGAGAAUGAAUUCGUCCUUCAGUGUAGGAACGGAGCGUGCGUCUGUAAGGAAGGCGAGCCUGGGUGUAGCGGAGCUUCGUAUGCGGUCGCUGGAGUCGGUGUGGUACUUUCGUUCUUCCUGCAGAGACUGAUUUAAGACGAACAAACUUUAUUUACAUAAAUGUCAUUUUUCAUUUCGUGAUGAACGAAAUUGUUGCCCCUGUCGAAAUGAGGGUACUUAGAAUGAAAGUAAAUUCAUUCCGUGUAAAUACUUGAACUCGGAAGAUAAAGUAACUCGUCUUCCCUUGUUUGUAUAUCUAUUUGUAAUAAUUGACAAAAAUAUAAUUUAUUCAAUACAUGAAAUGUCGAUUUACAUCUCGUCGUAAACAGUAAAUAAAUAUAUUUAUA